UUUUUUUUUAGCUUUGUUUCCUUUUGAACAGUAUAACCUAUAAAAUGCUGAGAUCUUAUCAACGCAGAUUGUUCUCUUCGGCCAGAGUACUGGCUGAGGCUAGUCAAAAAAAACAUGAUAUUCUUGUCAUUGGAGGCGGCCCCGGAGGUUAUGUAGCAGCAAUCAAGGCUGCCCAACUUGGAUUUGACACAGCCUGUGUCGAAAAGAGAGGUAGACUUGGCGGAACGUGUCUCAAUGUCGGAUGCAUCCCCUCUAAAGCCUUGCUGAACAACUCGCAUCUUUAUCAUCAAAUUCAACACGAGUCGAAGUCAAGAGGGAUUGAUAUAAAGGGCGAUGUCAGUCUUAAUCUUCCUAAAUUCAUGGAUGCGAAGGAUAAAGUUGUCGCCCAAUUAACUGGAGGAAUUGAAAUGUUGUUCAAAAAGUAUGGUGUUAAAUAUUAUAAGGGUGCAGCAUCGUUUGUUGAUGAGCACCAUGUCGAUAUUGACCCAAUUGAAGACGGUGAGAAGGCCGUUGUCAAAGCUGACAACAUCAUUAUUGCAACUGGUUCCGAGGCCACGCCAUUCCCAGGUAUUGAAAUCGAUGAAGAAAGAAUAGUUUCCUCAACAGGUUGUCUUUCUUUGUCCGAAAUUCCUAAAAGGUUGGUUAUCAUUGGAGGAGGCAUUAUUGGCUUGGAGAUGGGUUCUGUGUGGUCUAGAUUGGGCUCGCAGGUCACUGUUCUAGAAUUUCAGAAUGCUAUUGGUGCAGGAAUGGACGGUGAAGUUUCGAAAGCAACACAGAAAUUCUUGACGAAGCAAGGUUUGAAAUUCAAGCUUGGUGCAAAAGUCACCAAAGGGGUCAGGGAAGGGGACCUGGUUAAAAUUGAGUAUGAAGACACCAAAACUGGAAAAACUGAGUCUUUGGAGGCAGAUGUUUUACUUGUUGCUGUCGGUAGGAGACCCUACCUCAAGGGUUUGAAUGCAGAAGCUAUUGGCCUCGAUAUCGAGAAAAAAGGAAGAGUUGUUAUUGACUCGCAAUUCAAGACCAAGUUUGACCACAUUAGAUGUAUUGGCGAUGCCACUUUCGGCCCAAUGUUGGCUCACAAAGCAGAAGAGGAGGGCAUUGCUGCUGUGGAAUACAUUAAGAAUGGACAUGGCCACGUCAACUAUGCCAAUAUUCCUGCAGUUAUGUACUCUCAUCCUGAGGUUGCCUGGGUUGGGCAAACGGAGGAACAACUGAAGGAGGCAGGCAUCAAGUAUAAGGUCGGCAAAUUUCCUUUCAUUGCAAACUCCAGGGCCAAAACUAACAUGGAUACUGAAGGCUUUGUCAAAUUUAUUGCUGAUGCCGACACCGAAAGGGUUUUGGGAUGUCAUAUCAUUGGUCCAAAUGCGGGAGAAAUGAUAGCAGAGGCCGGUCUGGCACUUGAGUAUGGUGCUUCUACGGAAGACAUCGCUAGAGUCUGUCAUGCCCAUCCAACUUUGUCGGAGGCCUUUAAGGAGGCAGCCGGUUCGGUUUUCGGUAAACCUAUCAACUUCUGAAGUAAGUCAUGAAUCUUGAAAGCCUAGGAUUUCCAAUUAUUAUUUCCUACCUAUUAUUAUUACAAGUAUUAUAGAGGAAAUGAAGAGUUCCUGUUUGCAACUUUACACUUAAUUGCACAAACUGUAAUCUAGAGCUAACUUAAAAUGUUCUGUAAAUUUGAAUCGAAUUGGUGAAACUGAAAUAAGAAUCUCGUCAAGGCGAUUUCAUUGACAAAAAGAUCGAAAUUCAGUAGAUAAAGUAAGUUCAGCUCCAGUUUGAAUAGCUCUUCCACACUCUGUAGUCCAGUGACCUUGCAAUAAUAACUUUGCUUGUAGUUUUUGUCUUCGAUCAACUUAAGAGACAAGCGCAAGACACUAAGCACGAGCCUGAACGCAUUUAACUCAUUUAUCUGAAGCAUUGUAGUUUUACAUGCGAACCCUUCAGGUGUCUGAGGCUGUUCGAAAGGAAGCAGUGACGACGAUAGAGGAGCCUUCAGGUUGAAAGUCAAAUGAAAUAAAAAAUAUGCGGAAGUCAAAAGUGUAGCCGUAGAUAGGUUUGCAUAAUGGUGUAUUCGUUCAAGGUAUCUCGGUAUCUGAAGUGAUGGAGCUUUUUUCAGGUAAAACUUUCUAAUUAUCGCCGGUCCUGUAUCUGGUAAUCUCCUACAAAGGGUGUAGUGGUCAAGUCUGGGCUCGUUCGUUUUCAUAUCAUCGCGACAGUAGCCCAAAACUUCCUCACUUCUCAAAUUCGAGGCUCCAGAAUAUGAAAGAAUUGAAGCGUCGCCAAAAUUCAACCUUAAUUUGGAACUGAUUUUCAGUGGAACUUCGUACCUUUCUCGAUCUUCCUUAAUGUCUUGAUCGCUUGCAAACUGACUCUUCGAUUCAACUGCUUGCUCAGGUUCUUGUAUCACUGGAUGAGAGGUAUUCGACUCUACGCCGUGAAUCUUUGUGGGUGUAAAUAAAAGCAAGUCUAGGUCUACAUUAGACUCUCCCGAUGUCAAUUUGCUCAGCUGAACAAGGUCAUCAAUCAAUCUAUUGAAAAUCGCCAAAGCUUCUAUGGGCGCAAGGUCUUCAAGGUUUUUGCAGCGAUUCACUUUCCCACGAAGAAUCUGCUCUACUUCGAUAUCUUGUAUCGAGUAGGUUUCAUUCCCGGUUUUGCUAUUGGGCUCGUUAUAUGUAUUUGAUGAACGGUUCACAUUUUGGGGCUCAGUUUCUUUAGCUGGCUCAUCCGAUUCCACAAAUGUGGGUACCUGGGGCUUGAGCUUUAUGUCCAUUGAUAAAACAGGAUUAGAUUUCAGCAACUGAAGCGUG